AUGUCGGACGUAGAAGAGCACAACGCCCCCGAGGCCCCCGAAGAAGUCGAAGUCUCUGCCGAUGCCUCCAAGGGCCAGAUGUCCGUUCUGGACGCCCUGAAGGGUGUUCUGAAGCUCUCCCUGAUGCACGACGGUCUUGCCCGUGGUCUCCGUGAGGCUUCCAAGGCUCUCGACAGACGCCAGGCUCACAUGUGCGUCCUGAACGAGUCCUGCGAGGAGGAGGCCUACAAGAAGCUGGUCAUUGCUCUGUGCUCCGAGCACAAGAUCCCCCUGAUCAAGGUUCCCGAUGGCAAGCAGCUCGGCGAGUGGGCUGGUCUCUGCGUCUUGGACCGUGAGGGUAACGCCCGCAAGGUCGUCAACUGCUCCUGCGUCGUUGUUAAGGACUGGGGUGAGGAGUCGACUGAGCGCUCCAUCCUUCUCAACUACUUCCAGACUGAGCAGUAA